AUGGCAAAAGGUAAGAAUAAAAGCAGUGAAACGAGAAGUGGAAAGCCUUCUAGAGGGUCGAAUGGCCAUCACACAAGAACGAACCAUAAACGAAUGGAAAUGAAAUUCUCUAAUGCUGGUACUGGUGCUAAUAGCAAGGAAGCUGGGUUUCCUGUUAAGCUUGCUAUGUGGGACUUUGAUCAUUGCGACCCAAAGAGAUGUAGUGGUAAAAAGCUUGAGAGACUAGGUUUGAUUAAGUCUUUGAGAGUUGGCCAGAAGUUCCAAGGUAUCGUUGUUUCUCCCAAUGGAAAAGGUGUUGUCUGCCCAGAUGAUAAAGAAACUGUAGAAGAAUUCGGAGCUUCAGUAGUCGAGUGUUCAUGGGCAAGACUGGAUGAGGUGCCAUUCAACAAAAUAGGUGGUAAACAUGAGAGAUUGUUACCUUAUUUAGUUGCUGCCAAUCAAGUUAAUUACGGAAGGCCUUGGAGAUUGAACUGCGUAGAAGCUUUAGCUGCUUGCUUUGCUAUUGUUGGCAGAGUUGAUUUGGCUGCUGAGUUACUGGAACACUUCUCGUGGGGAUUAGGGUUUUUAGAAUUAAAUAAAGAAUUGCUGGAAAUGUAUCAAAAGUGUACAGAUUCAGAGUCAGUUAAGAAAGUUGAAGAAGAGUGGUUAGAGAAAAUUGACAAAGAAGUCCAGGAAAGAAAAUCCCAAUCGAGAGAAGGUGAUAUCUGGCUACAAGGCAACACUAACAGAGACUUGCAAGAUAUGUCUGAUGAUGAGGAAUUCGAUAGCGAACAAUACUACUCUGAGGAAAAUACUGAGAGAAAAAUAAGGUACGAUAAUUUAGGUAACGUACUAAUUAGUGAAGAAGAGAAUGAGUCUGAAGAAGAAGAAGAGGUUAGAUAUGAUGCAUUAGGCAACAUCAUCGAAAGUGAGGAAGAAGCAGCUGAAUUGAAAUACGAUUCGCUCGGAAACUUGAUUGAAGAUGAUGAGCAAGAGGUGGAAGAAGACCUAGCUCGCACAACAGAAAAAUUGAAGAAAUUAGAGACCUAA